AUGGCGGACGGUGGGGCUGACUCUCCAGCUCCACCUUCGGAAAACGGCGGAGAGUUUCUGUUGUCGCUUUUGCAUAGAAGACCGUACCAGCAGAACAACAGACCCGAGCAUCAGUCUCAGUCAUACGCUCUCGAUCCGGCCAUUGCAGCAGUUGGUCCCACCGUGAAUGACUUUCCUCCGUCGAAUUGGCCGUCCAACGGUCGUGAUCGACCGGGUACGCAUACUCCUCCUUGGCCCCUCGCCUUUUCACCUCCUAAUCUCUCACCCAAUCUGUUAGGGUUUUCUCAAUUCCCGCUUAACCCUUUCCUCACGAACCAAUUCGACGGUAAUCAAAGAGUGUCCGCGGAAGAUGCUUAUAGAUUAGGGCUUGCUGGAGCUGGAAACCACGCAAUUGGGCUUACUGGAACUGGAAAUCACGCAAUGCCGUCGAUGGUACAUCCGCAGCCUCCGCCGCCGCCGCAAUCAGAGAACCGGAAGCUUGUUUUUGGGUCUUUCUCCGGAGAUGCUGCUCAAAGCCUCAAUGGGUUACUUAAUGGGAACUUGAAGUAUGAUUCUAAUCUGAGCUCUGCCAAUAUGAGAAAUCCCCAAUCCGUUGUGCCGAAUUCGAUCACGGAUCCAAACUUGCCUCAUCUUCGGAACCACCAUGAACACAGAGGAGGUUUCGCCGGAAGAGGAAACUGGGGUCCCAUUGGGAAUAACGGCAGGGGUGUCAAGUCUAAUCCUACUCCUCCUCCUCCUGGAUUCUCGAGUAACCAACGGGGAUGGGAUAGGGAUUUGGGAAGUAAGGAUGGUGAUAGAGUGAUUGGUAAUUUUCAGAGAAGUGUUGAUUUAAGUGCUGAGGAUGAUAGAUUAAGGAGAUUAUCUAUCCAGAACGAGAGCAGGUUCAAUCUUGGUCAACAGAUUGAUCAUCCUGGACCACCUAUGAGUACAAAUCUACAUUCUGUUUCCGCAGCUGAUGCUGAGGAUUCGUUCUCGAUGUUGAACAAGGAAGCUCGUGGUGGAGGUCAAUAUAAAGAAGAAGCAGGGCAGUUGAGUAAGGGAAAGAAGGAAGGCAAUGGGGAGUUUGGCCCUGGUGAUGAUGAACUUGAGGACUUUGGAGAAGAUAUUGUUGAAUCUUUACUGCUUGAAGAUGAAACUGACGAUAAGAAUGCCAAAGAUGAGAAGAAGAAAUGUCGUGAAAAGGAAUCGAGAGUGGACAAUCGGGGUCAGUGGCUGCUUGGCCAAAGUAUUGAGGUUCUGAGUUCAAAUCUCCUAGACAAACUAAGCAGCCCUUUUUAA